ACAUACGCUGCAGGGCAUAUUGGCUCAGCCCUCUUUCGUGACCGUUGACCCAGCGACCGCAUCAGCGAUGUCCUUGAAACUUCAAAAGCGCCUGGCCGCAUCCCUCUUGGGAUGCGGCAAAAAACGCGUGUGGAUGGAUCCCAAUGAGACCAACGAGCUGUCUAUGGCCAACUCCCGCUUCAACAUCAGGAAGCUGAUUAAGGAUGGCCUGAUUAUCCGCAAGGCCGUGACCAUGCAUUCCCGCUCGCGCGUGCGCAAGAACCUGGAUGCCAAGCGUAAGGGUCGCCACAUGGGCACCGGAAAGCGCAAGGGAACCCGCGAGGCGCGCAUGCCGACCAAGGUCCUGUGGAUGCGACGCCAGCGUGUGCUGCGACGUUUGUUGAGGAAGUACCGACAGCAGAAGAAGAUUGACAAGCAGCUGUACCACUUCCUGUACCGCCAUGCCAAGGGUAACGUCUACAAGAACAAGCGUGUGCUGUUGGAGGCCAUCCAUGCCAAGAAGACCGAGAAGAUGAAGGAGAAGGCCCUGCAGGAGCAGAGCGAGGCACGAAAGGAGAAGGCGCGCUUGCAGAAGGAGAAGAAGCUGCAGAAGAAGGCGGAUGCCGCUCGUACCGAGGAGGAGAGCGGCUGGCAGCAGCAGAAGAAGCGCUGAGCCGGGCGAGACCUGUCUCCACAACGCAGAUGUUCUGAGCGGUUCGACUUGAGAUUUCUGACUGGGCACGCACUGAGCCAGUAAACGUGCGGAAAAAAA